AUGGACCUGGUCCCAAACUUUUCCAUGGAAACCUGGAUGCUCCUGGCUACUGGCCUGGUGCUCCUCUACCUGUAUGGAACCCAUUCACAUGGACUUUUUAAAAAGUUGGGAAUUCCUGGGCCCAAACCUUUGCCUUUCUUGGGGUCAAUUCUUGCUUACCGGAAGGGUUUCUGGGAAUUUGAUGUACAAUGUGGUAAAAAAUAUGGGAAAAUGUGGGGGUUUUAUGAGGGUCGACAGCCCGUGUUGGCUAUCACUGAUCCAGACAUGAUCAAAACAGUGCUGGUGAAGGAAUGCUAUUCUACCUUCACAAAUCGGCGGGUAUUUGGUCCAUCGGGAAUUUUGAAAAAAGCCAUCUCCAUUGCUGAGAAUGAAGAAUGGAAGAGAAUCCGAGCAUUGCUGUCUCCAACCUUCACCAGUGGGAAGCUCAAGGAGAUGCUCCCCAUCAUUAACCAGUAUGCAGAUGUGUUGGUGAGAAACAUGAGGCAGGGAUCAGAGAAUGGGAAUCCCAUCAGCAUGAAAGACAUCUUUGGAGCCUACAGCAUGGAUGUGAUCACUGCCACAUCAUUUGGAGUGAAUGUUGAUUCUCUCAACAAUCCUCAGGAUCCUUUUGUUGAAAAAAUCAAGAAGCUCUUAAAAUUUGAUGUCUUUGACCCAUUGUUCCUCUCAGUGACACUCUUUCCAUUCCUUACCCCAGUAUUUGAUGCUGUAAAUAUCUGCAUCUUUCCAAAAGAUGUCAUAAACUUUUUUAAAACCUCUGUGCAACGAAUGAAAGAGAAUCGCCUACAAGAGAAAGGAAAGCAAAGAGUGGAUUUCCUUCAGUUGAUGAUAAACUCCCAGACUUCCAACGUUAAGGAUUCUCACAAAGCUUUAUCUGACCUGGAGAUUGUGGCUCAGUCAGUUAUCUUUAUUUUUGCUGGCUAUGAGACCACUAGCAGCGCUCUUUCCUUUGCUUUGUACUCACUGGCCACCCACCCUGAUGUCCAGAAGAAACUGCAGGAUGAAAUUGAUGCAACUCUGCCCAAUAAGGUACCUGCCACUUAUGAUACCCUGGUCCAGAUGGAAUAUCUUGACAUGGUGGUGAAUGAGACUCUCAGAUUAUAUCCAAUUGCUGGAAGACUCGAGAGGGUCUGUAAGACCGAUGUUGAAGUCAAUGGGGUGCUCAUUCACAAAGGGACUGUUGUGAUGGUACCAAUCUUUGUUCUUCACAAAGACCCAAAGUACUGGCCAGAGCCUGAGGAGUUCCGCCCUGAAAGGUUCAGCAAGAAGAACCAGGGCAGCAUCAAUCCUUACACAUACCUGCCCUUUGGGGAUGGACCCAGGAACUGCAUUGGCAUGAGGUUUGCUGUCAUGAACAUGAAAGUCGCUCUUGUCAGCAUCCUGCAGAACUUCUCCUUCCAGCCUUGUGAGGAAACGCAGAUCCCUUUAAAGCUAGGCAAGCAAGGACUUCUUCAACCAGAAAAACCAGUCCUUCUAAAGGUUGUGUCAAGAGAUGGGACCAUAAGUGGAGCUUGA